AUGGCGACCGUUGAGAAAUCACGUGACUAACCUCAGGCAGGCUCGUGAUACCGUGUUCUAGUUCUCGCGGGAAUUGGAGGGGGCGGGUCCUUUUCUCUUGCUGUCGAAGCCGCAAGAUGAGCAGCAAAGUCUCCCGCGACACGCUCUAUGAAGCAGUGAAGGAAGUCCUUCAGGGGAGUCAGGCAAAACCACGCAAGUUCUUGGAGACUGUGGAGUUGCAGAUCAGUCUGAAAAACUAUGACCCACAAAAGGACAAGCGUUUUUCUGGCACCGUCAGGCUCAAGUCUGCGCCACGGCCUAAAUUCUCCAUCUGUGUGCUGGGAGACCAGCAGCAUUGUGAUGAGGCUAAAGCAGUCGACAUCCCUCACAUGGACAUAGAGGCUCUGAAAAAGCUCAAUAAAAACAAGAAGCUUGUGAAGAAGCUGGCUAAGAAAUAUGAUGCUUUCCUGGCUUCUGAAUCCCUGAUCAAGCAGAUUCCUCGAAUCUUGGGACCGGGACUGAACAAAGCUGGCAAAUUCCCCUCUCUUCUUACUCACAAUGAGAAUAUGGUGGCCAAGAUUGAUGAAGUCAAGUCCACCAUCAAGUUUCAAAUGAAAAAGGUGCUCUGUCUGGCUGUGGCUGUAGGCCAUGUGAAGCUGACUGAGGAUGAGUUAGUCUACAACAUUCAUCUGGCCAUCAACUUCCUUGUUUCAUUGCUGAAGAAAAACUGGCAAAAUGUGCGAGCUUUGUACAUCAAGAGCACCAUGGGGAAACCCCAGCGACUAUACUGAUGACAAUAUAGUUUUCUUUUGACUAAUCUAUUCAGUGUGUGACUUGGUUUAGUAAAAUCUUCAUUACCUGAUA